AUGUUACUCCGAUUUGCCUUGAUCAAUUCCCUCUUCCACCCUCUCCCUGAAAGUAUCAGGUCCAGGAGUCAACCAAUAGGGCGCGCCCAUCUCUCUCAACCACAGGGUAGUCUACCGCACGUCAUCCUUCUCUCGCAGACUUUCCUGAUUGCCGCAGCAACGCAGUGGCUGUAUCGUUCCGCUUCAGUUAAGCCCACUCCCGCCAGCCGCGGUGCCAGUGAGCACAGCCUGCGAUUCGCCAACGUGCACCGCAUCUUCGGCGCCAGCAACGUGGGCAAGUUGCUACAGGACCUGCCGCCGCCCAGCCGAGAGGACGCCGUGAACAGCCUGUCGUACGAGGCAGAGGCCCGAAUCAGCGAUCCGGUAUACGGCUGCGUCGGAGCGCUGUUUGCGCUGCAACAACAGGUGGUGCGGCUGCAAACGGAGCUAGCCAUGGCGCAGACGGAGAUCUCUCGUCUGCGUACCAUCACAGGCUCUCCGUCCGGCCUCGCCCACGCUCCUCAUGGCCACCCUCACACGCACCCCCACGCGCCUGGCUCCGCUGCUGACAUGAUGACGGCUUCCUUCCUCCCUGUCAGCGCCGCUGCGGCUGCCUCCGCUGCCGCUGCUGCAUCGGGCCAUGCAGGGAUGAUGGGCGGAGCUUUCAGUGGGAACGGGGCGAUGCUAAGUCAGGCGUAUGCGAGCAACGGGCUGAUCAAACCGGAGCUUGACUCAUGUGCCAGCAUGGCAGCAGCUGCGGCUGCCGCAGGGCUAGGAGGAGCAACCAGUGCAGCAGCAGCCAACGGCUUGGUCCCUGCAGCUGCUGCAGCGGCUGCUGGUGCGGGCAUGGGUCCAGUGUCCAUGGCAAUCCCUGGGCUACGCCGGCCUGACGGCCCAUCGCCUGCGUCAUUGAGCAUGCUGAUGCAGCCGCCAGGGCUCAUGAACCCCUCCCGCCUCUACGCCCUGCCGCCUCACCUAGGCACAGCGGGCCCGUCGGCAGGUGUGCCGCCACACAUGCAGUUCCGGCCUCUGGAUGGCAUGGCACCCAUGGAGUUGCGGGGCAGCACUCAUGACUUGGCAGCGGCUCACAUGAGCAUGCUGGGAGGUGUCUUCAUGCCAUCGGGCCCAGGCGGCAUGUCUCUGCCCAAUGGGGCUAUGAAUGGCAUGGGUGGGGGCAGUCAUAUGCCGCGCAGCAUGGACUUUGGGCAUGGUGGGUCUGUGGGGAUGGGAGAGCCAGACAUGGUGGAUGGCAAUGGUGGGUGUAUAGAGCACUACAAUGACAUGGCUGCUGCUGUUGGAGCUGCACACACUGCAGUGGCCAUGUCACGGUAA